AUGCUUGACAAUACUGUCGACGCCGCGCUGCUUUGCCGCCAAGGGCGCCGCGCCACCGACGUGACCAACUGUCUCGAUGUGCUGGGUCGCGCACGUCGCGUGGCCAGAGACUUGGCGCCCGUCGCACUGCACCGGCCAACGUCUGUUGAGGCGACGUCAAUGGGCUUUCUUCAGAUCGUACAGCGCGAUGACGAGCUGACCAUCGAGUCGCUGCCGCUCUUGCAUGACUCGUUUGCAUUCUUUGGCUGGGUUGCACUUUACGACUGGGCCAUGAACGACCGCGAAGCGCUUCUUCUCGAAGGGGACGUUCAAAGUUACCGCGUCUUAUCAGCGAAAAACAUCCGCGUGGCGACCCCGACGCCUGUCCCCCCGACAACGCUCGGAUGGUACCUCUUCCAUUUGUCGGCGAUCACGUCGUAUACGCUCGGUCUCGUCGGCUGUCUGUGUUGUAUGCUCGCUGCGGCCCACCGGUCCUUGGAGAGUCCGUGGUUUCAUUUCCAUGAGGUCGUUGGCGCCGUCUGGCUCACGCGCAACCUCAAGCUCUUGCGUGCACUCACGGCGGUGGCGUGCUUGGCGUCGGCGUCCAUGGGCCCGCUGCAGCUCAGCGCCAGCAUUGCUCGCCUCGAGAUCGCACCUCGCGCUCUCUUUACGUCGUGCGUCCUCGGUGGUGAAACGCUCUGGCUUGUCUACGUGCUGCACGACGUCGUCUUACCGUAUACGCAGACGGUCGUUUCCCGCGUCGCGCCAUGGACCAAUAUGGCAGCGUAUAGCAUCAUUGUCGCACGAGACGUCUUGGCGCCGGUCCGUGUCUCGUCUGAGAUUGCGCGGCAGUGCAGCGUCAUUGACUUGGACGGUAUGGUCUACUGCAACAGUGGCACUGUCCACGUGGGCAGCACGGCACGAUGUGUUGAAAUCGGUCUCGUGCUUGCUGUCUCGGUACUACUAACGCUACUGCUUGCUGCCCGAUCGACGCAUUCCGCGCCGCUGGCAGCAGCGACACUUCCAAAUGCCCUCUUGCCGCUCGCGUACGUUGCCGUUGCAUCCCCGGACGCGGUGGCUGCGAGCAUAAACUUGAAUGCGCCGACGGCUGCUAUGUGCGGCAUCUUCUCGUUUCGUGGGGCCGUGUUUGACAUAAAGCUCUGGCGGCGGCUUCACGAGCCGACGACACUCCGAGCACACCGGCGUCGGACGUCGUUUGCGAGCUGUCUGCGACACGCCGAGUCUGUCGAUCGAAGACAGCUCGUUGUUCAGCUCCUCAAAUUGCUCAGCGGCCUUGCCUACGUGGUGAUCUCCAUAGCUAGCAACAUUGCGUACGUCUCGGCGCUGAGCACGUCGAUGGCCAACGACUUUAACUGGGCCACCUUCAACUCGUCGGACGCACUCUCGCAUUUGACGCUCACCAAUGUUGAAGCUCAAGAUUCGUUUUUUCAAUUGCCGCCCAAAACAUACCUGGGUCCUGCCCCCGCAUCGCUGCUCAGCAACACGUCCGUGGAGCUUGUCGGUGGGAAUAUCUUAUGUGGCGAUGACCAGCGGCCGUUCUCACCUUCGCUCGGUAUGGCGAUCCCAUUUGGCUUUGAUUCCGCCUGCUCGUGGUGGCUCAUCGACUUCUUCACGCCUUCGACGACAGCAAUAACGUUUGCGUUGCUCGGGUAUAAUGGCUGCCAACGACUUCCCAUGUCAUCUGCAGACGUUGCGUCCUGUUGCGCGAAUGACAUUUAUGCAGAAGCGACGUGCACCGACAUUUAUGGCGCCAUUCAGGCCUUUCUAGCGACAUACGACGGCGCCUUUACGCGUGCCGUCGACAUGGCCCUCGACGUUCGACGCGACGUCGACGCCCUGGAUAUUGAACUCAUUCAACUUGCGCGCGCUCCACCGCUUAAUACUACGCAGCUACUUCGUGCGCGUCUCUUGGACCCUACCCUCGAGGCCUCCUGGACCUUCUUUGGAUGGGUCUAUCUGUACGAGUGGGCCAGUGCGAUGCGCGAGGUCGUGGCAUUUCACGGCGACAAUGGCUCGCUUGUUUUGCUCUCAUCUGUGAGUCCACCUGUAUCGCUCUCGCUGUCGCCAUCCGAGAUUCCGCUCCAGCUCAGCUACGUCUGCGCCUCGAUCGUUCGGUAUGUCACGAUGGUCUUGCUGCUUGCUGCCGUCAUCGUUGUUGGCUACGUUACAGUCUUACGCGGCGCUGUCGAGCCAUGGAACCUCUUUGAGAUCAACCGCGUCGUCGGGCACACGUGGGUUGGACGGCUGUUGCUAGUCGUGCGCAGUGCAACGGCGCUCUGGCUGCUCAACACAUCGCGACUGGAGCUUGCGCGCGUCGGUGUUGGCACCGUCUUGCACGCUCCUGCGUUAAGUGCGUUCAAAGUCAUCUUGGCGUCGUCCGAGCUCACGUGGCUUGUCUAUAUUCUCAACAGCCUCGGGAGCGUCUACACCCAGCAGUACACGCGGUCGUACGCAUAUCUGAGCACGUCGACCACGUGGCUGAGCGCAAUGCUUCUCGCGCUCUUGCUGCCGCAGUCGUAUUCGGCGUCCAUGGACCGGCAGUGUGUUUACAUCAACAUGGACGCUGCGCUCGACUGUACAAGCGCGAUAGUCGCUGUGGGCAGUCUGCGACAUUUGCUCUAUGACGUGGCCGCCGCGCUGACGUGCGUCGUGGGCAGUGUGCUCGUGGAGCGCUGGCGGAUACCAAAGCGUCCGCCGAUGGCGAUGACCUCUUUGCUGCUGGACUCGACGAGCUACUUUAUGUUUGAUUUUGCAGCUUGGACAAAGCCGAAUAGAGAGUGCUACCUCGACCGGGCGUCCGCGUUCCUUGCGGGCCUGGUGUCGCUGCAUGUCGACCAGACCAUGUACGUCUUUGACGUCAAAAACUGGCGCCUCUUUACAUACGACACGCCGCGAUACGGCCUCGGUCGCUUAGACCGCGCGAUUGCGCUGUAUCGAAUCUCCUAAGUCUCGCCAUUGUGUGCCAACGUCGCUAGUACUCCCAUGAAAACGAGUCGUCCUUACGUGCUCAACACUGUCGAACCGUAUCGGGUUUUAGAGCGGAUGGCAACUAGCUAAGCUGUGAUGUCGUGUGCUCGGUGACCUAGAUACGUCUUCAAGAACUGCGGCAGUUUAAUCUUCUUUGUCGUUCCUACGUUUGUCUCUAUGCACAGAAACGGCCUCAACGAUGUUGAAGAUGGGGAAAUACACUCAGUCCGCUCAAUCGAGACUGUCGAGGCUUUGCACGCGACGUCACAUCGACAAGAGCAUCACGCACGGCUCUGGAAACGCAGUGUGAGUGGCAUAUCAUUAGCACCCACGAUGACACGCUUCUCGG